AGACCGGCAGAUUAUCCGGCUCGACGCGCUCUGUAGACGCUGUGAACAAACCGGUUAGUUGUACCUGAAGGGAAGAGGCUCCUGCUCAAACAGCCACCGGUCUCUUUUUCGUCUUUUCAACCCGGGAUAUAAGCGGCUCGCUUCUCGUGUACUGUGCGGCUCUUCAGUACCUAAGGAAUGCCCAGAGAGCUGACCCAGAACAGGAUCCAAAAGAUCUGGGUUCCCACCAAAGAUGACAAGACGGCGCCCCGGAGAGCAGCUGGCGCACCCCACUUCGCCAACCCCCCCACUGUCAUUGUGAUGGUGGGUCUGCCGGCUCGAGGCAAGACGUACAUGUCCAGGAAACUCACCCGCUACCUCAACUGGAUCGGCAUGCCCACCAAAGUCUUCAACGUGGGAGAGUAUCGCAGGGAGGCAGUCAAGAACUACAGCUCCUAUGACUUCUUCAAGCCCGAUAAUGAGUGUGCCGUGAAAAUCAGGCAGCAGUGUGCCUUAGCAGCCUUGAGGGAUGUCAAGUCCUAUCUGAAGGAUGAGGGAGGUCAAGUAGCGGUCUUCGAUGCCACAAACACAACAAGAGAAAGGCGAGACAUGAUCCUCAAAUUCGGCAGUGAGAAUGGUUUCAAGAUCUUUUUCAUUGAGUCCGUGUGCGAUGAUCCCAGCGUCAUUGCGUCAAACAUCAUGGAAGUGAAAGUGUCAUGUCCUGACUACCGGGACUGCAACAAGACAGACGCCAUGCUGGACUUUCAGAGGAGAAUUGAAUGCUACAAAACCAGCUACCAACCUCUGGACCCUGAUGAGCACGACAGGGAUCUCUCCUUCAUCAAGGUGAUUGAUGUAGGUCGCCGGUUCCUCGUCAACCGGAUCCAGGAUCACAUCCAGAGUAAGAUCGUCUACUACCUGAUGAACAUCCACGUCCAGCCCCGAACCAUCUACUUGUGUCGGCACGGAGAGAGCACUGACAACCUGGAGGGGCGGCUCGGCGGAGACUCCGGCCUCUCGCCACGGGGCAGACAGUUUUCAGCUGCCCUGGCUCGGUUUGUGGAGGAGCAGAAGCUGAAGGAUCUGAAGGUUUGGACCAGCCAGCUGUGUCGCAGCAUCCAGACCGCUGAGCACCUGGGAGUCCCGUACGAACAGUGGAAGGCUCUUAAUGAGAUCGAUGCUGGAAUAUGUGAGGAGAUGACAUACGAUGAGGUGAAGGAGAAAUUCCCAGAGGAGUUUGCUUUGAGAGAUGAGGAUAAAUUCUACUACCGCUAUCCUGCUGGAGAGUCCUACCAGGACCUGGUCCAGCGGGUGGAGCCAGUCAUCAUGGAGCUGGAGAGGCAAGAGAACGUCCUGGUUAUUUGCCACCAGGCCGUCAUGCGCUGCCUUCUGGCCUACUUCCUGGAUAAGAGCGCAGAUGAGAUGUCCUACCUGAAGUGUCCCCUCCACACGGUACUGAAGCUCACACCGGUCGCCUAUGGGUGCAAAGUGGAGUCUAUCUAUCUGAAUGUGGAGGCAGUGAACACCCACAGAGACAGACCGGAGGAGGUGAAGCGGGGUCCUGGCACCUUGAUCAGGAGGAACAGUGUGACUCCCCUGACCAGCCCCGAGUCAAACAUCAAGAAACCUCGCAUCGAUGACCUGGACGAGGCUCCCAUCCAGGAGCUGCCUCCAUCUGUUGCCUCGCUGGCGCUCUGCAGCCCCUCACACCUCCCUCUCACACUGGCAGGACAGCACUGGCUGGGCAAAGUUUGCCUAACCUGAGGAGGAGCUCGUCUGGCCGCCAUGAUGUCCUGCAGCCCUGCCAAUGAAACUGCACCGAUGUGUCACGAGGCUCAAGAGCCCGGAAAGCGGAUCUCUGAAAAAAGACAAUAACAGAAAACAAUGAGAAAAAGUCAAAUUGAAAUUAUUUUUCAAAAAGCAACGUGUCUCAGUUUGUAAAACGCAUCAUUUUGUCAGUCAGGGACGUAAGUUAGUGAACCUUUUAUUGUUCAAAAAGGACCACGGUCGGGGCGUCCUAUAGCUCACUUGGUAGAGCAGGCACCCCAUGGGCUGAGGCUACAGUCCUCCCUGCAUGGACCAUGGUUAUUCAAUUUCUGUCCUGUCAGUUGUUUAUGUUCACAGAGAUGUUAGUUCAAAGCAAAACUCUUAAGUUCUCCAUUUCUUGUCAUUGUCAGACAUGUUCUUUCUCUCGGAGACGGAUGACUCUGUGUUGUCUGGCAAACUUUUAGAAAGUCGUGUGUGUACUUUACUCAGACUGAAGGAGACGAACUGUGACUCGUUUUAACCGACCGUCAUUCCUGUUACAUCUCACAGCUCCGAUGGCUCUCCGGGAAACCAGUUUCUUUUGGUUUAUCACGUGGAGAGACCAAAGAUCUAACCCUCACACCCAGAUAAAACUCUCAGCUCAUACUUUUGUUUUUUUUUCCAACCAGGUUCUCGUGGUUGUAUUUAAUUAAGAAGGAUAUAGUAUUUAGUUUACACUGCAAACUCUUUGGCACUUCUUUGAAAGCACUGGCAUUUUCCAUGUACACGUGGCACAGCGCCACGAUUUUAUUGACUCCUUUGUAUGCUGUCACGCUACAAAAUAAGUCGUCAUUUUGCACAGUGGGGAUGAAUUUUUACUCUUGUUUGGUUCACGUGUCACGGUGUGUAUUUCACGGUAAUGGAGGGCAUUUUCGCCGUAGAGUGCCUGUAGUGCUUGUUUUGCAAGCCUGACGCUGCUUCUCUUGCUAUUUCUCUGGACUGGAUUUCUUGAGGAGAAGCGCCACAUUUCACCUAAUAACUUCUCAUAUCGUUUCAAUGUUUUAUUUUUCACAGUUUGCAUAUUUAUUUUUCAUCGUGUGUAGUUUAAAUGCUACAGUACAUGUCAAUCAUUCAACAAAGUUGUCUCCACCGGUGGGAAACUUUAUUUUCCUUAAUUUCGUUUUGCUGUUAUUGUCUGCUACGCACAAACGUAAGCACCUUUUUGUUAUAACAAUGCGUGCUGUUAAUAAUAUCCUUGUAAAAGUUAGUGUACAUACAGUGUAACUGGAGAUGUGUGGGAACUUGGUACUCUUUUCAAGACAAACGUGUGUGUGCAUAACUGUUUUUGUACUAAUGUGUUGGGAUUGAAUGGAAAGCAGGAUAUCUGCGGAGAAAGAAGCUGCUGCUUAACCUCUCUUGGUAAAACUGUAAACAUGUUUGCUUGAGAUACUUGAAAUUUGUUUUUUGUAAAAACUUUUAUUAUAUUCUUUAUUUAUUUUUAUGUAGUUUUAAAUGACUGCUUGGAGCGAGAGGCAUGUUAUUUUAAUCUGAGGAUUACGCAUGGGAGAACAGUAUGUUGUACAGUUGAUUUUUGCAACUGCUGGACCAAUAAAUUCACUCCAGGAAAAUAA